UGGAAAAUCUUUGGGCUUCGGACUGUCGGUCAUUUAAAGGACGAAAACCAACUAUUUUCAGCCAAUGUUACAGACCGAACCACUAACAAGUUAAUGGAGAAAAUAACCGGAUAGACUCAAAAUCGCUGAUCUGACAGUGAAAGCAAGUGUCAGCGAACCUUUCCCAGUUAAUACAGUACACUACACCUCCACUGUGCUACAGUGCUGAAGGAUGGACAGGGAGCUGGUUCAACAGAGCCAGUCAGACCACGGAGAGGCCACCAAUGGAACCAGCCCUCAGACCUCCAACGCCACGCCCGACUCCCCUGCCACCCCGGCCCCCCCUGCCACCCCCAUCCCUCCUCGGCUGACCCCCAACCCCAUGCUCCUGGACUCCCCCGCGCCCACGCUAACACCCACCACCUCUUCCUCUCCUCCCCCCACCCCUGCUCCCUCCGUCUCAGCGGCCCAUGGCCCGAAGGCGGCGGCGUCUCCCCACAUCCUCGUCCCCGCUCCCCCUAAACUCACCUCCACCGCACCCGGCCUCCGCACGUACUCUCGCCCGAUCCUUCCCUCCCCGGCUGGCGUCUCCAAGACAUCUCCUGCCACACAAACCUCCACCUCCUCCUCUCUUCUCCCCGCGUCCUCCCCCUCCUCUUCCUCUGCCCUUGCUGUGGCCAGCACGGCCUCCCCCCUCGUCUCCUCUUCUUCUGCGGCGCACGGCAACACCACCGUGUCGACCAAGACCUCCACCAGCCUGACCAACGGGAGCACAAGGCCUGGGUCCACGCCGACCUCCACGCCCAUCACGCCCUUUCACACGCCGGCCAGUCCACCUGGCAGACAGGUAUCCCAGGCUCACUCGGCGGGCACACCUGGUCUUGUGCGAGCCAACCAGAGCCCAUCCCCUGUCAGGCAGAGGGUAUCCCAGCAGACAUUGCUCCUAGGGAAAGGUCUCAAAGGGUCUGGCCAAGACCAGGUGCUGCUUAGAGCUCAGAUGCUCCAGAGUCUCACCCUGAGGCCUCCUCCCCCGGGGGCCCUCACCAUCCCCCCCUCCCUCCGUCUCAAGCCCCUGUCCUCGGCCCCGCCUCCCCUCUCUCGCCCUCACGCACCGCUCUUCCCGCCUCUCAGGCCGCGACCGCAGCCCAGCGCCCCGGCAACGGAGAGCCCGCCCACGCCCAGCCGCCACCUCUCCGUCCCACCCCCAACUCUCUACUCUCCGGUCCGAGCCGUCCCUCUGAGACCCAGACUUCACUCUCCAAACGGUCACAGAGCAGCGUCGCCCCGACAAACCUCAGCCCUCCAGCCAAUCGCCACCGCUCCCUCCGCUCAGGCCCCUCCCGUCAGCAGGCCGCCGGCCGGACCGAAGAGCUGUCCGUUAUCUCAAACUGUGCUCGGUCCCGGCCAGUCCCAGCACGGCUCGCUAUCCGUGGCCAACCCCACGUCCGUCUCUUCCCACUUCGAGCGCUCGCCGUCCGCAGCCAGGCAGCUGCAGAUCAUCGCCCUCUCUUCGGGCCGGCAGCCUCAACCCGGAACGUACGCCCGCGCUUCGGUGCAGUCGCCGCCUCCGGUCGCGGAGCCGCCCGAGCUUUCCAGCCAAUCAAAGAGGACUUUGAGCAGCGAAGACUUGCCUCCUCUUCCUCUAAACCCGUCUUUGCCAAAAACGCCCUCGCCUCCUUCUCUCCUGAGUCCGGCCUCUCCUCCAAGUCAGGCUGGGCCUCAAUCACAAACUCUGGUCCAGAGAGAAGAGGCGAAGGAGAGCGAGGAGCAGAGAGAAAGAGGACGAGGGCUAAGACAAGGAGUGCGAGAUGAGGGGAGUGUCGGUAAAGACCCGAGGGUUGAGAAGGAUGACCAAAGAGAGAAAGCGAAGGAGGAGAAACAGACGCUCACGACCGAGGAGGUGGUCAGUCAGAAAGAGCAGGAGGCCGGGACGGGCAGGGAGGAGGAACAAAUGGAGGUGACAGAGGAAGGCCAGGGGGACAGAGAGAGGAGAGACGAAGGCCAGGAGAAGAAGAUGGAGGAGGAAGAGGAAGGCCAGGGGGACAGAGAGAGGAGAGAGGAUGGCCAGGAGAAGAAGAUGGAGGAGGAAGAGGAAGCAGAGUCCGCCAUGGACCAGUCUGAGAAGCUGACCGGUCAGGCUCUCCGUCAGCACCAGGACACGGACCCGGUCCCAACGCCCGAUGCUGUCAAAGACUCCAGCGUGGAAUUCAAACCCAUCCCGGCCCUUUCGUCAGCCUCAGUUCCGGUCCAGGCCUCAGCCCCUGUCCCGGCUUCCGUCCCAGCCCCCGUCCCAGUGCCGGCUCCAGUCCCGGAGGUCCAGAGUCAGAAGCUGCCAGAGUCCCAUCGAGAACUCCAGCCUGUCGGUCAGGAGGACUUCUGUGAGAACAUGUCGACCCAGUCUGACAACCAGUCAGCGCUGUCCAGCCUCUCCUCUCAGUCUCCCCCCUCCUCCCCCUUCGUCACCCCCUCGGCAGAGAACCCUCCCCCCCUCCUCCCCGCUCAGGCCGCCCGCGCGGCCGACCUCGGCCUGCCGCAGCACGAGCCCGAGAGAGUCGACAGAGCGGUCGGGGAGGCUGAGACCGAGGCUGAGACAGAGCCCCUCGGCCAAUCGGAAGACGAGUCAGAGCGCCUCGGCCAACCGCUGAGCGGCCCCUGGGAGCCGAGGGCGUGGCCCGAGGGAAGACAGGUCCUGACUCACCUGGUGGAGGGGUUCGUCAUCCAGGAGGGGCUCCAGCCGUUUCCUGUGAACCGCUCGUCCCUGCUGGUUCCGGAGCAGGUGACCAAGCCGCAGGAAGUGAACGGGACCAACGGCCGGGCGGCGCUGCCCGUGACGGACGUGAUACAACAGGCCGAGCACUCCACCGACUCGGACGAAGAGGAGGGAGGAGACACGGACGACACCGGGACCAGGUCGGGUCACAGGGACCGAACGGUGCUGCACUGCCAGUUCUGUGGGAAGAGAGGCCACGCACACAACUUCAUGCGGUCCAAACGCUUCUGCUCCACUUCCUGUGCGCGCGGGUUUAACGUUCGUCUGACGAAGCGCCUGCGGGCCCUGAGUGCGGGCAGUCGGUCCGAGAGGCCCCGGCCGGCCCUGAACAGGGCGGAGUCGGUCCCUGGGAAGCCCCUGUUGCUGCGGCUGCCUCGUGAUCUGUGGAGCGCCGGUCGGCGCGAGAAGGAGGAAAGGGGAGGCGGGCGCGGCCCGGCAGAGGGAGAGGAGGGGAGAGGAGGGGAGGAGGAGGAGGAGGGAGGAGGGGAGGAGGAGGAGGAGGAGGAGGAGGAGAGGGAUGACAGAGGAGGAGGGGAGCGCUGUUGCCAUGACAGGGCGGCUCGGAGAGCGAGGAGGGCGUCUGCGCCCGCCAUGACCACCUCCGCGCCCACGACCACGUUCAAACCCGCCCCGUCUCAGUGGAGUGUGGAGGAAGUAACCGCCUUCAUACACACACUGCCAGGCUGCAGCGACGUGGCGGAGGCCUUCCGGCUGCAGGAGAUCGACGGCCAGGCCCUGCUGCUGCUGACGGAGGACCACCUGAUGACCAGCAUGAACAUCAAACUGGGACCGGCUCUCAAGAUCUGCGCCCACAUCAACGCCCUGAAAAACCAGUGAGAGACGGAGAAGACCCGAGAGGGGAAAAAAAACAGAAAGUUUGAUGUGGAAGGAGAGAAAGAAAAAACAGGCAAUAAAGACAGAAAUCGGAGAAUUCAAAAGAGGAAGAGAAAGGAGAGAGUUUGAAAACAGAAGCUGACACCAAGGAUGACAGAAAAAAGUCACAAAAAGAGAUUCACGGUAACUUAUGAGAUUACAAAUCGAGGUGUGGCCUUAGCAGACGGGAACAGAGGAGGUGUGCGGAGGCAUGAAGAUACCAGAGUCCAGAAGAAAUUGACUGCGUUUUGGGCCCUCUGACUGUAGCCGGAGACCGAGGGGGGGGGGGGUUUUGUAACUUUGUGUAUAUUUUACAUGCCACUGGAGAGUGUACAUUUGAUGCUAUUUCACGAAGGAUUUUGAACAUUUAAUAUAUAAAAUUUGUCUAUUUAGUUUUUUUAGAACGUGACGUCAAUGACAAAUCUAUCCAGUAGCCAACAUAACCGGUGUGUGUAAGGAAAAAAAAUUAAAAAAAAGAUAAUAAUAAUAAUACGUAGACUUUGUAAGUGAUUAAUGAAAGUUUAAUGUUUUAUAUCACUAUAUUCUGGACAAAAACAUGUCUGUGGAUUAAAAAAAAGUCACUAUCGGG